AUGCCUCUCCUGCGUGGGCGCUGUCCUGGCCGCCGCCACUAUCGCCGCUUGGCCCUGCUCGGCCUGCAGCCCGCUCCCCGCUUCGCCCACUCGGAGCCCCCGCGCCAGCGGCCCCUCAGCGCAUGUCAUCUUCUCUUCCGGGAAAUGGCUGUUGGACUUGUGGUGUUUUUUACGACCUUCUUAACACCAGCUGCAUAUGUGCUAGGCAACCUGAAGCAGUUCAGAAGGAAUUAGAUGGAAGAUGAUGUUGAACAGCUGUUAACGUCCAAAAAACUUUCAGAAAAAGCUGUGUUUUUGUUAACGAGCAAAAUUGCCUAGUUGAGUUGAUGCAACCAUUGUGGUAUUCACUUUCCUCAUGUUUAUGAUGAAUAUUUUGCACUUUUUUAGUACUGUGCAUUAUAUAGAUGUAUAGUCAAAAAUGUUCUGCUUAAGUGUUAAAACGGAAACACUUAUUCGUGCUUGGUAAUAUGUGUGCAGAUUAUUUUCUAAACAUCGUGAAAGCUGAUGAAAAUUUACCGAGAACUGCUGUGAAAGGUCUGACUUAGUGACUCAGGGAGUGACAUUAAGUGUUACUAUAUGGGAGUGAAUGUAUCUAGUGACAUCACCCUUAAAAGAUUAGAUGUGUAGCUGUGAGGUAAUAUAAGUUUAGCUAAAUGGUUUUUAUGUUCUAUUAGUACUGCCAUGCCACACUUCACAAUUUGCUGUGAGAAGUACAACCAUUUCUUUUCUUUGCCUCUUUAAAUGACUACACGUCAGAAUGUGAAGAAUGAGUACAUCUCCUAUUUUAAUGAUUUUAUUAUCUUCUCUUAGUCUUCUGUGAGGUUUGAAGAAUCAUACACAUCUUUGAACUGUCUUAGCUGUUGAUUAUGCUGUUAUCAUGGGCAACAUAGUUCAACUCUGAGUCUUGGUUUCCUUAUCUCUGUAAUGGGGACUUAAAAUUGCUGUCUUGAAGUGAUGUUGUGGAAAUAAAACAUUGAACAAAGAAAGAUAAAGUACCUCUCAACAUAGUACCUGAAACAAUAGUCAAUAAAUAGAAGUUGGGCAACCCGCUGGGGUCCCCUUCCACACUGUGGAAGCUUUGUUCUUUCGCUCUUCGCAGUGAAUCUUGCUGCUGCUCACUAUUUGGGUCCGCGCCGCCUUUAAGAGCUGUUAACACUCACGGCAAGGUCUGCAGCUUCACUCCUGAAGCCAGCGAGACCACGAACCCACCAGAAGGAGGAAACUCCGGACACAUCUGAACAUCUGAAGGAACAAACUCCGGACACACACCAUCUUUAAGAACUGUAACACUCACCGUGAAGGUCCGCAGCUUCGUUCUUGAAGUCAGCGAGACCAAGAACCCACCAAUUCCGGACACAAUAAGUGAUUAACAGCAGAUAUACCAAUUGUGAGAAACAAACACAUAUUCACCUGGCCAAACCCUUGGAGACAUGAAGAACAGCAGAAGCGAGACUUUUAAUGGCAGGCUUGCAAGACUGGCCCUCUGGUAGGCAGGCACACCUGGGGCAGUUACAGCAGGUAAUUUAUCCCCUUGCAUGUAAUAAGUCCCUCCCCCAGUUCCUCACUAGUCAAGUACUAUGGGGUUACAAUCUUCCUGGAUGUUGCCUAAGUUUCAUUAUCCCCCUAUAAGGUUAUACCCCAGUCCCCUUCCACACUUAAGUUUUGAUUUCCCAAUAACAAAACUUUCUUCCCUUUCAUGGGCUGAUCUCUCCUCUACAUUCUGUUUGCUUAUUGACCUUCUAGGUGCGUGAGCUGUGUGGUUUGUUACAUCCACAGGCUGGCUGCACGUACUUAGAUUUAUCAUGCCUUGAAAGUGGACUGUUUAAAGUGUUUUCUCACACCAAUUAUUUUAUAUCUACCUUCGCUAAAUAUUUCAGGUUUAAUAAAAACAGCUGAGGCUUCUGAAUUAUUGGCAAAAUGUUCUUGUGGUUAAGGUUCUUACUCAGGUGAACCUGAUGUUCACAGGCUUUAUAAAUGAUUAACAGAGAAAUAACUUUAAAUGACAACUAGUUUUGUCUAAUAUCUUCAUUUUUCAGAAGUAAUCUAGGUAAACUGUUAAAAAUAAAAAAAAUUAAGUGCAUAAAAAUAGGAUAAAUGCUUCCAGGUAAACUUUUUAUGUAAUUUUAAAAUCGUAAAAUUAUUUUGGAUGCUUGUUGAAUAUUUGGGUCAUUUCUAACUAAGAAAGAGUUAUAAUAUGGGAAAAUGUAUUUCUAAAAUUGUGGAGUGGUUUCAUCUAUAAAAUGUUCACAUCUGAUAGUUCAGGAUUUCUUGCUUCCUAGGUUUUCACUAAAAUUUAAGGUUACUAAGAAUAAGAAUUCUAGUUAAUAUAUAAUUCUUAUAUAAUUCUAUAAGUUGUGUUCUUGAGAAAAAAUAAUUUUAUAUAAUUUAGAAGUUAUUCAAAAGUUAAAAAAAGGUAAAAAGAAAAUAGGAAGUAAAAGAGAUGUGAGAAAAGUUAUGAAUGUAAAUAUAUUUUUGGUAAGUAAGAUUGUUUAAAAAUAAUAAUUUUAUCCAAAAAAGAUCUUGUGUGGUAAAUUUUUGUCUUAAAGUAAAAUAACUGGUUAUUUUUAAAAAGAAGUGUAAUGUAAGACAAGAAAGUAAAAAAUGUUAUAAAUGGGCUGUGUAAGUGGUUAUAAGGUAUAAGAAACAGAAUUUAUAAAAGGAACGUUGUAAGUAAUUAAGUUGGUUAUAAUUAAAAAGGAAACCAUUAUAAUAGUCUUUCUAAAGGUUAGCCCCUUACAUUAAAACAGGGUUACUUAAGGUAUUGCUUUGCUUUUAGGGAAAUUACAAGAGGUUUUGAUUUUUAAUUAUAUAACCAAUUUCUUUUAAAAACUUCUUAGAUUCGUAUCUCAGAGGUUCAACAUUUGUUGUGUCUUGUUGCUUUCAGCUUUUCCUCCCCUUGAGAAGGCUUGAGAUGACAACUCUCUUCCUCAGUUUUUUCAUCACUCCUGAAAUUUUUUGCCUCUAGCUGUUGUUGUGGCCUAAUACUAAAAUGUUUUAUCUUAAAGGUCUAAAAAAGCAAUGUUUACCUCCAGUAUAACUUUAUCUGUACUCUUGAUUUUUCUUGAUAAGUCUAAAUUUUUCAAUGUAAUCAGGAAUUUCUCAUGCUAUUACUAAGAGUCAUGUAUUCUCCUGCUAUACUCAUAACCUUGAACAGACUCUGUGUCUGAUUAAAUUCAUGUACUCUUUUCAACAGGUUUGACUUUUGGGUUAUCUAAAUGGGCUUCCCAUAAGGAGAAGCAAUUACACUGCAGGAAGUUUUCUUUGCCUUUUUGGUACUUGGCUUAAAAAAACAAAGAUUUUACAUUUUAUUAAUAGCAAAAUAAUUUCUAUAUUAUAUUCGUAGGUUUUUGAUUCUUUAGGAAACUAAAAUUUAAAAGGGCUAAGGUAUUUAUAUUCAUAUAACUUUGCGUAUUGCUUUUAAAGUCUUUUAAUUAUCAAUCUUUGGUUAAAUGAACACAUUUUUUGUUUUGGUGAAAUGUUUUGAGCCUUUUAACAUCUUUAAUAAAUA